UUUAGCACCAACUGCUUAUAGCAUGUGUAGUUGGCGCCGCGGGCCUCUUGACCUUAAUGUGGUGUAGUGCCCAAUUGUCAUCUCUUUCCAAAGCUACUGUGCUCCUACUACUGACAUUAGGCUCUCUACAUUGCUUUGCCUUCGUUUCCAUAUAGAAUGAUUGAAUGAGCUCGUCAAGGCACCUCCAUCACACGUCCACUUCAUAUUAUAGCAUUAUCGCAAAAGCUCCACAGAACAAGGCGGAUACACCUCCCUCUAUUCCUGUGUGCUAUCUUCUACUGCAGCCUUCCCACGAAUGCAAAUAAUUCAGCCCGGAGGCCGCAUAUUGAUAAGACGAUGAGCUUAAAUCACCGAGACGCAGUCUCAUCUGCUGAGGGCGAAGAUCAAAGUGCGUUGUCCGAAGUGCCCAAGAUGCAAAAGUCCGGCACUUUCCAGCACAAUUUUCCUGUACAGGCGCCUACUCUGAGUAAUAGGAUCAAGGGGAGGAUUUCCGAACCUGUUGCCGCAGCUUUCGUUGCCGGCGGCGUGGCCGGGGCCGUAUCUAGGACCAUUGUCUCGCCACUUGAACGUCUCAAGAUCCUUCUACAAAUACAAAGUGUUGGGCGAAACGAAUAUAAACUAUCGAUAUGGAAAGCGCUGGUGAAAAUAGGCAAGGAAGAAGGCUGGAAGGGCUAUCUGCGGGGAAACGGGACUAACUGCAUUCGCAUUGUGCCGUACUCCGCGGUCCAAUUUGGAAGCUAUAAUUUCUACAAGAAAUUCGCAGAGCCUUCUCCCAAUACAGACUUGUCCCCUAUCCGGCGGCUCAUAUGCGGAGCAGCUGCAGGGGUUACAUCAGUGACGGUGACAUAUCCUCUAGACAUAGUCAGAACUCGGCUUUCUAUCCAGUCAGCCUCGUUUGCAGCACUCGGCCAGCGGGGAGCCGGGGAGCCAUUGCCGGGUAUGCUUACAACCAUGAUCCUAAUAUACAAGAACGAAGGUGGCAUAGUAGCAUUGUAUCGGGGUAUUAUCCCCACAGUGGCUGGUGUUGCCCCAUAUGUUGGUCUAAAUUUCAUGACAUAUGAAUCGGUUCGCACUUAUCUCACCCCGGAAGGCGAAACAACGCCCAGUUCCGUUCGUAAAUUAUUAGCCGGGGCAGUUUCCGGGGCAGUGGCUCAGACUUGCACCUAUCCAUUUGAUGUCUUACGUCGACGAUUUCAGAUUAACACAAUGUCGGGCAUGGGAUAUAAAUACACAUCGGUUGUAGAUGCCGUGAAAGUCAUUAUGGCCGAGGAAGGAAUACGAGGCCUAUUCAAAGGAAUCGUUCCCAAUCUCCUGAAAGUGGCCCCAAGUAUGGCCAGCAGCUGGCUCAGCUUUGAGCUGACAAGGGACUUCCUUGUUAGCAUGGGCGAACUAUGAGAAUACAACCGUAGCGCGUGGAAAUAUUUCUUUAGUCCCUAAGAAAAGAGAUUACUAAUGCCACAUAAACACAGUGGAGGAAUAAGAACUUGUAAAUUCUCCCAUUGGAACGAGCAGGAUCUUGUUCAUUCAUGGGAGUAAUUUU